AUGCUGUGGCAUUACCUCCCUAUUUGCAUUCGAUUCGUGCCUAAACAGCAAACAGAGCAUUCUCAGGCAGUUUCUGGAAUUUAUGUGGUGAAGAAAAUUGAUGGUACUAUAGUAGAUUCAUUUUGCUUGACGGUCUGUCAUAUAUCCACUGACCAGCUAGAGUCUGAUCACAAAAUAUAUGUAUCAGCACCCCAAUUGAAUCGGGAAUCGAUUUUUUGGCGAAACGCUACUACUACCGCCUCGGUAUCUGUUUUUCGUCCACCCUCUGACCCACUCUAUAAUUAUAUUCGAAACGCAUUGAACCUGGGAUUCAACAUCUUUCCUCUCGAUAGCUCCUCUCCAUCAGCCCUUCAGAAUAUUAAUGUUCUUCAACUCCGAUGUUCUAGUUUCUACACUGAAAGCUCCGCUUCUUUAUUUUCGCCACUACGAUUUGGAGCAGUGGAAAGUCCUGCUGCUGCUGUUGUUCGUUCGACUCCAUUCAGCUUUACAAGUCCCACCAUGUUUGCUGACUUUUCGUCGUCAGGACAUAUAAAUUGCGUUUUGAAGGACAGCACAACCUGCUACGGGUAUCUUAGUGAUAUCAAGUACUUGGAAAACAUGUGUGGGGCCAUAGCUAACUCAAAUACAGGGAAAUCACUCGGUCUAGUAUUAGGGAAUCUACGCAAAUUGAACGGUGAUGGUGAUCUUCUCGUGAUUUGUCUGUGGCUGUGGCUUUGGGAACAAUUGAUGUACACCAAAAAGCCGGAAAGUGCCGUGGUCCAAAAGCAAGCUGUAAAUCAACUGAGAAUCCUCAAUAAUUCUCCAGUGCUACCUAUUGUUUUAUCUCUGCAAGAUUUGGGCACGAGUUGGGGCUCAUGCGUUCUUUUCAACGAAAGAACUCUUGUGACCAACCAGCAUGUGGUCGCAUCAUUUUCGCUGUCCAAAGAGAUACUGGCCUCAAUUAUUCUCAACGCAGAGAAGUCAAUUGCCCUUGGCCCAGACGACCAGAUCAUCUUUCCCGCCGAGGGACUUGAUUUGGCUUUUAUUCUUCUUUCCCCAAGUCACCAAAUGGAGCUAGCCUAUAUCUUGCCAGCCAAUCUCGGAUUAAGUGACCACUUGAAGCAAGGAAAUGUUGUUAGAACAGCGGGUUACGGUCUUUUGCUAAACGAGAAUGUCUUGACUCCUCUUAUAUCUGAGGGCCACGUAUCUUCAAAAGUUAGUUUGCGCCCUUUUCUCCAAAGCAAGCCAAUCCCAUGCAUGAUAAUUGCUUCGGCUCGAUGCUGGAACGGAUCUUCAGGUGGUGGGCUCUUCAAUUCGAAGAAAGAACUCGUGGGAAUCAUUUGCAGUAAUGCCCAAGUCUACGUUCCUUCAAAACAUGGAAAGCAGCUGCCAAAGACAGAGAAGGUUCCCCUGUUCGCAUUAUGCAUACCAAUAGAGCUUGUUAUUGAGUGUUACCAACGAAAAGUUCUCGGGCGUGACCACUCAGUUUUACUGAAGGAAGUAGAACAGAUAUGGAAACUUGAUGUACCUCAUAAGGACAUUUUCGAGAGGGAUGCAAAAUUGUGA